UGGGUAUUUUUCUUGCUUUACCAAUGAGGAAACUGAUCAAGGAGGUUAAGUAAUUUAUCCAAGGCCUCCCACCCAGUAAGUGGAAUUGGGACAGGCUCCUCUCAUCCCCUCCUGCCCCUCCUGACUCCAAAGUCGGGAUAGGCCUGCUUUUGCCCUCAGCAAGCUGCCUCUGGGAGCCCUGGCAGCCCAGAAGGGUCUGGGCUGAGGAGGCUUUUAAAGGGCCUCAUACCCAGGGAAGCAGGCUGUACAGCACCGGGAUCUAGCUUUCUGGGGCUUAGGCCCCAGUUCCCAUGCAAGGCAUGGGGUCACUGGGCACUGCAAGAGCAACAGGCCAGUUCCCGCCUGCACAGGGAGUCCUCGCGAGCAGGCAGGUGGAGCUCUCGCUCCGCGCCAUGGCUUCUCUGCGGUCUCUGCAGCCGUUUGCACUUCCUGAAACCGGAUCUCGGUGUCAGAGCCGCCCCUGGCCCGGGCGGGCGCCUCAGCCAUGGCCCUGCGCAAGGAGCUGCUUAAGUCCAUCUGGUAUGCUUUCACCGCCCUGGAUGUGGAGAAGAGCGGCAAGGUCUCCAAGUCCCAGCUCAAGGUGCUGUCCCACAACCUGUACACAGUCCUACACAUCCCCCAUGACCCCGUGGCUCUGGAGGAGCACUUCCGAGAUGAUGACGAUGGCCCUGUGUCCAGCCAGGGAUACAUGCCCUACCUCAACAAGUACAUCCUGGACAAGGAUGCCUUCCGCCUCUGGUGCCUCUUCAACUUCCUGUCUGAGGACAAGUACCCUCUGAUCAUGGUUCCUGAUGAGGUAGAAUACUUGCUGAAGAAGGUGCUCAGCAGCAUGAGCUUGGAGGUGGGCAUGGGUGAGCUGGAGGAGCUGCUGGCCCAGGAGGCCCAGGCAGCCCAGACUACCGGGGGGCUCAGUGUCUGGCAAUUCCUGGAGCUCUUCAACUCAGGCCGCUGUCUGCGAGGUGUGGGGCGGGACGCCCUCAGCAUGGCCAUCCAUGAGGUGUACCAGGAACUGAUCCAAGAUGUCCUGAAGCAGGGCUACCUGUGGAAGCGAGGGCACCUGAGGAGGAACUGGGCAGAACGCUGGUUCCAGCUGCAACCCAGCUGCCUCUGCUAUUUUGGGAGUGAAGAGUGCAAGGAGAAAAGGGGUACCAUCCCGCUGGAUGCACAGUGCUGUGUGGAGGUGCUGCCCGACCGAGAAGGGAAGCGCUGCAUGUUUUGCGUGAAGACAGCCUCCCGCACAUAUGAGAUGAGCGCCUCAGACACGCGCCAGCGCCAGGAGUGGACGGCUGCCAUCCAGACGGCGAUCCGGCUCCAGGCCGAGGGGAAGACGUCGCUGCACAAGGACCUGAAGCAGAAGCGGCGCGAGCAGCGCGAGCAGCGGGAGCGGCGCCGGGCAGCCAAGGAAGAGGAGCUACUGCGACUGCAGCAGUUACAGGAGGAGAAGGAGCGGAAGCUGCAGGAGCUGGAGCUGCUGCAAGAGGCGCAGCGGCAGGCCGAGCGCCUGCUGCAAGAAGAGGAAGAUAGGCGUCGCAGCCAGCACCUGGAGCUUCAGCAGGCGCUGGAGGGCCAAUUGCGCGAGGCAGAGCAGGCCCGGGCCUCCAUGCAGGCUGAGAUGGAGCUGAAGGAGGAGGAGGCAGCCCAGCAGCGGCAGCGCAUCAAGGAACUGGAGGAGAUGCAGCAGAGGCUUCAGGAGGCCCUGCACCUGGAGGUGAAGGCUCGGAGGGAUGAGGAGGCGGUGCGCAUAGCCCAGACCAGACUGCUGGAGGAGGAGGAGGAGAAACUGAAGCAACUGCUGCAGCUGAAGGAGCAUCAGGAGCGCUACAUCGAGCGGGCCCAGCAGGAGAAGCAAGAGCUGCAGCAGGAGAUGGCGCUGCAGAGCCGUUCCCUGCAGCAGGCCCAGCAGCAGCUGGAGGAGGUGCGGCAGAACCGGCAAAGGGCCGACGAGGACGUGGAGGCUGCCCAGCGGAAGUUGCGCCAGGCCAGCACCAAUGUGAAACACUGGAAUGUCCAGAUGAACCGGCUCAUGCAUCCAAUUGAGCCUGGAGACAAGCGUCCUACCACCAGCAGCUCCUUCACGGGCUUCCAGCCCCCUCUGCUUGCCCGCCGUGACUCCUCCCUAAAGCGCCUGACCCGCUGGGGAUCCCGGGACAACAGGACCCCCUCACCCAGCAGCAGUGAGCAGCAAAAGUCCCUCAAUGGUGGGGUUGAAGCUCCCAUCUCGGCUUCCACUCCUCAGGAAGAUAAACUGGACCCAGCACCAGAAAAUUAGCCUCUGCUAGGCCUUUUGCCCCUGACCUCAUGCCCACCAGGACCUGGCCACAGCUGGCCUGUGAGUGACACCGGCCCCUGCAGAAGGAGCUGAGGUCCUGGUGCCAGGAGCCCAGGCCCUCCAACCAUGAAACAGUCCACAGUGGAAUCUAAUUCAGUUCUUGCACCAAGCCCAGGCCGCAGACCGCCGAGGCUGUCUGGGAUGUUGAUCCUGGAGAACAUCACCCUGUGCCUUAACCCCAAGGACCCUGUGUCCUGGGCUGGGAAAGAGUAAACAAGCAAGCCAGGGGCCAUCUGCCCCGAGACUGUUGCCAAGUUGUGGAGGCACAUUUCCAAAUAAAAACUGUUCUUGGAAUGAA